UGGAAUAUGGAACAUUUAUUCCAAAAUAAUAUGAUAUAUCGAAUUUAUCAUAUACAAAUUUCUUCAUUAUUUUAUUGAAGUCAGCUGUUGAUUUUAGUGUAAAUUGUUUGAAAAAAUACUCCAAAAUGAAGAAAAAGGUGUUACUCAUGGGCAAAAGUGGGUCUGGGAAAACUAGUAUGAGAUCUAUAAUUUUUGCAAAUUAUAUUGCCCGAGAUACAAGGAGAUUGGGAGCUACAAUUGAUGUGGAACAUUCUCAUGUGAGAUUCCUUGGAAACUUGGUCCUUAACCUUUGGGACUGUGGAGGUCAAGAAGCCUUUAUGGAAAAUUACUUUGCUUCUCAAAGAGAUAACAUAUUUCGAAAUGUAGAAGUUCUUAUUUAUGUAUUUGAUGUAGAAAGUAGAGAACUUGAAAGGGAUAUGCAUUAUUAUCAGUCAUGUUUAGAGGCAAUAAUACAGAACUCUCCAGAAGCUAAAAUAUUUUGUCUUAUUCACAAAAUGGACUUGGUAGCUGAAGACCAAAGGGAUAUAAUUUUUAAAGAAAGGGAAUCUGAUUUAAAGCGUCUAUCUAUGCCAUUAGAUUGUACUUGCUUCCGAACUUCUAUUUGGGAUGAAACUUUGUAUAGGGCUUGGUCUAGUAUAGUUUAUAUGUUAAUACCUAAUGUUAAAGAGUUAGAAAAUAGUCUGCACCUUUUUGCCAAUAUUGUAGAUGCUGAUGAAGUACUGCUUUUUGAAAAAGCUACUUUUCUAGUAAUCUCACAUUGUCAGAGAAAACAACACAGGGAUGUGCACAGGUUUGAGAAAGUUUCUAAUAUUAUAAAGCAGUUUAAGCUGUCAUGUUCCAAGUUGGCUGCACAGUUUCAGAGCAUGGAAGUCAGGAACUCUGCAUUUGCUGCUUAUAUUGACAUGUUUACAAGUAACACUUAUGUUAUGGUUUGUAUGUCUGAUCCUCAGAUUCCUUCAGAAGUGACACUGAUUAAUAUUAGAAAUGCUAGGAAACACUUUGAAAAGCUGGAGAAAGUCUCCAGCUCAGCAUCAACUAUAGCCAGAUAAGUUUUGUUUGUAAACAGUAAAUAUGGGUCAGAUACAUACCUACAUAUGAAAUGUUAUUGCCUUGAUAUUUCAGUGAUUC